AUGGAAUUGACAAUUGUGUCAGAUCGACACAAUGCAAUAAUAGGCGCCGUGCAAGCAAUAUUUGGUGGUGAGAGGCAUGCAUACUGUUACAGACAUGUUAAGGAAAACUUCAGUGCACAAAUGAUUAAAUUAAAUAGAGGAAAGAGGAAGACUAGUGGGAAAGCAAGGGAGGAGGGACUGCAAUACCUGGAUGCCAUUGCAUAUGCAAGGCUUGACACCGAGUUUGAUGGUGCAAUGGAUAACAUGAGAAAGUUCAAUCCACAAUUAUUUGAGUGGCUUCUUAAUCAUGGUGAUGUUGAAAGGUGGGCCUUAAGUAAAUUCCCAUUUAAACGGUGGGAUAACAUCACAACAAACCUUGCUGAGUCAUUCAAUGCUUGGAUGUUGAAAGAGAGACGAUAUAAUGUUGCCCAACUUAUACAUGAGCAUCGUGAGAAAGUGGCAAAGAAGAUGUAUGCAGCAAGCAUAGCAAUGAGUAAUUGGAAAAAUGGUGUAGGCCCAAACAUAGAUGCAAAAUUGGUGGACAAUGUUGCUAGAUCAGCAUGCAUGCUGAGUGUACCUUAUGGAGGAGGUAGGGUGUGUGUCCAUACAGCAAAAGGAGCUGUACAUGUUGAUCUUGGUCUAGGCGAAUGCACCUGUGCAGCUUGGCAAAUGUCAGGCAUUCCAUGUCCCCAUGCCUGUGCAGCGAUUAAGGCUGUGAAUUGCAAUGUCUAUGAUUUUGUUGAUGAAUGCUACAAGAUUACAUCACAGCAAAAGAUUUAUGGCAGGAGUAUGAUUCCAGUGGCGACAGUAGACAUGCCAAAUCCUAACAAUUACUGGGUGGAAAAUAUAGGAAGUCAAGUGUUCUUGGCACCGCCUUUGACUAAUCGACCGCCAGGAAGGCCUAAAGUAAAAAGACGAGAGUCACAGUUCCAGAAUAGGAAGAUCUACCAUUGUAGCACAUGCAAACAAGUUGGGCACACAAGAAGAACGUGCAAGAAUCCAAACCCAAGUUGA